GUCAAAUCAUUCGAGUCUCGAAGCAUGAAAAACUCUUCUUAACAAAAUCGAACAGUUUUAAAAUGCUGAGUGGACGUGCUAUGCUUCUUAGUUGUCAGGCUUCAAGCUCUUUUCUUCGGCAAGUGCCAUUUUUGACCCAAAGGGUUGGGUGUGCUUCAAGAAACUUUACAUGUACCAAUGCAAAGUUGAGUGGUACAUCAUUAUGGCAGUCACUGAGACAAAGGGCUUUAUCUCUGAAAUCAAGAACUAGUGGUUUGUUGAAAAAGACUUUAACUACAGAAUCAUCUACAAUACCUUUUGCUGAAACACCAAGAGCAAGAAAAAUUACAGGAUACUGGUUGCUAGCAUGUUCUGGCAUGACAUUUUCCAUGGUGAUCCUUGGUGGGGUCACAAGACUAACAGAGUCAGGUCUGUCCAUGGUAGACUGGAAUCUCAUCAAGGGUAUGAAGCCUCCCACCACACAACAGCAGUGGGAAGAAGAAUUCAAGAGGUAUCAAAACUUCCCAGAAUACAAGAUUUCGAACCAAGGGAUGUCAUUGGAUGAGUUCAAGCGUAUAUGGUACAUGGAAUACUUCCAUCGUAUGUGGGGCAGAGCGAUUGGUUUGGUCUACUUCCUACCUGCUGGGUACUUCCUGGCCAGAGGGUAUUUCAACAAGAGCAUGAAAAUAAGAACGGGAGUUCUUGGAGGGCUGCUGGUAUUCCAGGGAUUACUGGGAUGGUAUAUGGUCAAGAGUGGUUUAGAUGAAGACCUAAUCAGCAAGACUGAAAUCCCACGUGUCAGUCAGUACAGACUGGCCUCGCAUCUCUCUGCUGCUUUUGUAUUCUACUCUGGUCUUCUGUGGUGUGCGAUGUGUCAACUCAUGCCACACCCAAAGUAUGAAUUAACCAAAGAAUUACGAAAGUUUCGCAUGUAUGCGCAUGGCUGUAAAGGACUGGUUUUUUUGACUGCAGUGUCAGGUGCAUUUGUAGCAGGUCUGGACGCAGGUCUUGUCUAUAAUUCAUUUCCAAAGAUGGCUGAUCGUUGGAUUCCAACGGAUCUCUUAGCGCAUCAUCCCACGUGGAGGAACUUCUUUGAGAACGCCACAACUGUUCAGUUUGACCAUCGGAUUUUGGGAAGUACAGUUGUAGCUGCUGUCACUCUGCUCUGGGCCAUGGCCAGACCACUUGCUCUUCCUGGACGCGCAAAGUUAGCUGUCAAUUGUAUGGCAGGAAUGGCUGGUUUACAGGUUACAUUAGGGAUUCUAACCCUGCUAUACUACGUGCCAACACACCUGGCAGCCACACACCAGUCAGGAUCACUGGUUCUCCUUUCUCUUGCUUUAUGGCUCACUAACGAGUUGAGAAAACCAAAAGUCCUUUAAUUAGACUUAAAUACAAGUACCAAUGGAUUCUUAUGGAAAUAUCGUUGAGCAUACAGAGCCUACACGUCACUGUUUCUCCUCAGGACUGAACUGCAAACUGUGGCGUCGCGAGAAUACCAGAGUUUGGGAGCGCGUUUUUUUGCUUUAAAAUUUCCCGCCAAAUCCACAGGAAUCCCAUCAUUAUGAGCCAUGGAGAGAACCAUUUUGUCACAAGAAGGAUAUAGUAAAGAGUCUCCAAUAUGUGAGCUUUAGGACCUUAAGAGGCAAAGAGGAAACAUUCGAGUGUGUAAAAAAAUAAAUAACUUAAA